GGGAGUCCAGCCCGGGCGGAGCGGUGGGGAAUGUCCCGGGUCGCCACCCGAGUCGUCCGGCUGCUCCCGCUCCGCUAGCCGGCCGCUGCGUUCCACCAUGGCCGACGAGGCCGUCAAGUACUACACCCUGGAGGAGAUCCAGAAGCACAACCACAGCAAAAGCACCUGGCUCAUCCUGCACCACAAGGUGUACGACCUCACCAAGUUCCUGGAGGAGCAUCCUGGUGGGGAAGAAGUCCUGCGGGAGCAAGCUGGAGGUGAUGCCACCGAGAACUUUGAGGAUGUGGGCCACUCCACAGAUGCCAGAGAGCUGUCCAAGACCUACAUCAUCGGGGAGCUUCACCCCGACGACAGGUCAAAGAUCGCCAAGCCUUCGGAGACUCUGAUCACGACGCUGGACUCAAAUUCCAGCUGGUGGACCAACUGGGUGAUCCCCGCCAUCUCGGCGCUGGCCGUGGCCCUGAUGUAUCGCAUCUACACGGCAGAGGACUAGCAGCAGCUGCCCCACAGGGAGACCUGGCCCCUAGGAGUCACCUCCGCCAGGAGCCACCUGCCAAGGACACGCCGUGCCCCCUCCCCAGCCCCGAGAGUGCCUUCAUAAUCACUGAUGUGUAUCCUGGUGUCUUGGCACCCGUGACCCGCUUGUUGUAGGGUGAUCACCUGCAAAUAUACCUGGAUUUCAGAGAACUCCA